GUUACUCUGGCGUGGCCACCUCAGGGCAGGCCAGGUCUGCUUCUCCCAGCAGUGUCUGCUGGGAGUGGCCUCCGUGGACCUCAGAGAGGGCAGCCCCGGCCUGCUGCCCUGCACCAUGACGGGGAAGCUCCCCCUUGGGGUGAUCUCCCCGUACGUGAAGAUGAGUUCGGGGGGCUGCACGGACCCCCUGAAUUUCUACGCCACCAGCUACUGCACAGCCUAUGGCCGAGAGGAGUUCAGGCCCCGUGUGGGCAGCCACGUGGGCACCGGCUAUAAGUCCAACCUACGGCCCUUAGUCUCAUACCGGCCCAGCCUGGAUGCCCUGGACAACCCAGCCAUGGGUGAACAAGUGCGGGAUACCUUCCAGUCAGUGACCAGCAAGAGCUACGGCCCCUUGGAGGGGCCCGACAGCCGCAGUGCCCUGCCCUGGAACGUGUACCAGACAGGCUCUGGCUACAGCCAGGAGAAGCCAGGCGUGGGGCCCUUCACCAAGGAGGUCAAAAAGGUGCACUUUGAUACCCAGGAGCAUGGGCCGCAGGCCAUCGUGGGGCUGGAGCCCAAGGCCGUGCCCCUGCUCCUCCAGCCACAGAACAAGGGCUCUCCGGAGCGGGAAAACGCACGUUAUGGCCCGCGCUUCAUGACAUCAGAGUACAACUCCAAGUAUCUUGGGGAGCCGUUGGCCCGGCAGGAUCUGCUGCAGAAGAGGUCUAUUGGCGCCAAGGAGAGGACGGGCUUCACCGAGGGCUCAGCCACGGGCCCCCUGGACUUCCAGCCGCCCUGCCAGGCCCUGCCAGGGGACCCCGUCCUCCUCCCAGGCUGCAGUGUCACCAAGGCGGACUUCCUCCCUGUGACUAACCCACAGGGAAGUGAGUUCCUGCCGGUGCUGGCCCAAGGCUCCGAGCGGGAGACUGGCUACAGCCGAGUGAAUGAGAGGGCACUAAACCCCAGGGUGUCCUCUCUGGGCCCUCUGCACAGCAGCACAACCCACAGGCACUUCAAGCCGCCCUGGCCAAUGCAGCAGACCAACGUGGCCCUGCUGGGCCGCCAGGAUGUAGGGACCAAGGAGCCCACAGGCUUCAGCCUUAACAACCCCAGCUAUGUCUGCAGCCCCCGUGACGCCGACAGGGACAGUCGGUACCUGACUACCUACAGCCAGGGGUUCUUCGAGAAUAUCCCCAAGGGGCUGGACCGGGAAGGCUGGACCCGAGGCGGCGUCCAGCCCUUGAAGCCCAGCGGCUACGUCCUCAACCAGGGCCCCACCCACUUUGAGCCCAGCCACAGCGCCCCAGAGAGCCCGUGGUGCCCGCACCCCCACAGGGCAAGGUAGUGCAGGUCGCUCCUCUCGGCACCUGCUCCCCUUGGUCCACUCCGUCCUAACCCCGACCCCCACCAGCUCCUUCCAGGCUCCAUCCUGGAACUGCCGCUAGCCGGUGUCUAGCCGAGGCUGGGCCCAGGACACCAGCCCCUCAGGACCGAGCGGCCCGGCUAUGGCGGCCAGGGAAUAAAGAGCAUGGGCAGAGUGCAGCGCAUGUCCCCAGACGCUUGCAGGGUCAAGGGCGGUUUUGGGGCAUCCUGUGGGGUCAGGGGCAUGGGCUGGGCCAGAUGUGGAGUCCAGGGCCUGCAGGAAGCUUGAGCCAUGGUGUCUCUGGGGACAGUCCCCUCGUUCUCAGGCUGUUGUGCUGGCCAGGCAGCAGGGGGAUGGCAGGACCCAGGGAGGCAGAGGAAAGAGGGUCUCCCACCCUUCCGCCUGGCCUCGCUCCCUGGCUCAGUGUGCUGUGGCGUUGCGCAGGACUGCCAGGCCCUUCUGGGUCCUGCUGGGGGAUGAGGACAGCAGGGCUGACCCUGCCCCACAGAGGCUGUGAGGCUGGACAGCCAGACCCUGGCAGGGGCGGGGAGGCAGGGCAGAGGCUGGGCGGCCCCUCUGGGAGAAUGGGAACACGGUGCCCCAGGGUGUCCACUUGGACAGGCGCUAAGGACUCAACGUCUGCCUGCCUCCUUCAUGGGCUGCAGCCUGUCCCUGCACUUCCAGGGCACACUUGACACCUUUGCCACUGUGCCAGUUGCAUUUGUGCAGUGCCCAGUGGAACAACCAUCCCUUGUACACAUGAGGAACCUGGCUCCAUAGGGUGGUGAGGGGUAGCAGGUGCCCUUGGCCCAGCCUGGUAUGUGGGGGACAGGCUGCAGGUCCAGCCGCUGUGCCACCCCUGUGUGCACCAGCCCAGCAUGGUGGAACAGCUCUGCCAGCCUUGGAGUCUGGGCCCAGGCCUGAGGAUGUCCCAGCAGCUGGCUCCUUGCAGGCCGUGGGCAGCACCAGCUGGCACAGGUGAUGGAGGAGGGGGUUGAGGACGAAACCUGCUCAGAGGCCUGGCCUGGGUGGGGGCAAGAGAGUCGCAGAGUUCCAGGCCCAGCUGCUCAUGGACAGAGAGGCACAGGCAGAGGUGCGUGACUGACCCAGAGCCCCGAGCACUCAAAACACCUGGAUGCCCAUGGACAGCACACAGAGACCGGGGACACAGCUGCAUGGCUCAAUGUGGGGUCGGGACACAGAGGGUCGUGUGCACAUCUGUGACACCUGCAUUUAUGACACCUGCAUUUAUCUCACACCUGCUGUGAGCCCCUGGGUCACAUGUACAUCUGUGACACCUGCAUUUAUGGGCACAUGCACACACACUGACAGGCGAGGACACGGACAAGGAAACCCAAUGUACAUACAGACAUAUGGACACACAUACACACGCAUGACCAUGCAUACACAUGCACAUGUGUACACCCCACCCCGGCCCGGACCCUGCCGCUGCCUCCCCAUCUGGCCCCGAGCGGCUUGGAUUUCAGGCCUGAUCGCACCCUCUCUCAUUAUGGCCCCCCUGCAGUUUCCAUCACCAUGGCUCCUGUGCCCCAGCACGCAGGCUUCCCAUCCCUGCCCACGGGGCUGCAUGUCAGGGGUGGCCCGGGGUGUGGGGAGGCGGGAAGGGCCCAGGAGGGACUGGGGACAGCGUGGAAUGCAGCCAGCAAGGACAUGGCGGGGCUGCUGGUGACGUCCAAAGGACUCGCUUGGAGACCCCUGCACCCUGCAGGAUUCCAGGGGGUGGGGAGGGGUGGGGUCCGGGGUGCCGGGCGCUGGGGGUGGCAAGGUCAGGGCAGGGGCGGGGGCAGGGACAUGCCAAUUCCACGGUGCUGAGCACAGGGCCCGCCCCACGCACACUUUCAGAGCACAUGGCGACGCAUGAUGAGUGGGGAAGGGCGCCUGAGUGACGCCGCCCAAGGGCCCCACAGCUCCUGCUCCUGGGUGCUGGUGGCCAGCUGGGCCCUCCAGGCUGUGCCCAUGCCCUCGGCACAGGUCGCCUUUGCCCUGCUUCCCCGUGGCGGCCUCCGAAAGGCAGCCUGGAGGCCGCUGCCCAAGGCCCAGGCAGAGUCUGCGGUGGCCUCUGUGUGCCCAGGCCUCCACACUGCCUGUGGCUCCCGGGGGAGGGGCUGGCUGUGCGCAGGGCAGAGCGCAAGUGUCCCAGGUGGCCGCGCAGCCUUGGCGAUGAGUCCCUUGGGGCAGGGAAGGUGCUGGCCGUGUGGCUUCAUCUGUGGUGGCCCCGUCUCCUUGUCCCCCAGACUUGAGCCCUUGCCGGGAAGCAUCAAGCUCCUGGCUUGGCAGCUGCCCAGCUAGACACGUGGCUCCCCUGGGCACGGGAGGCAGUGUUCACCAUGUCUGUCCUUGGAAUGGCUGCGGGUGGCGAGAGGGCUGCGUGUGAGGAUGGCAGGCCCAGUGCAGACAGACGGGAACAUGACAGAGUCGCUCCUCUGGGUCCGCUGGCCAUCUGGAAAGGCACGGGCACUGUGCCCUGCACGAGCAAACAGCCAGGACGGAGUUGGACCCGGCACCCCCACAGCCAGGCCUGACUCUGCUGGGGUUGCAGGGACCCCCAUUGCCUGCAGAGGUGGCGGGAGAGGCAGCCCCUCCCGGGGCGCUGGGCCUCCCCACCUUCUCGCUCACGGAGGGCCUGGAACUGCAUUCGCAGGAGGGUAACAGGGGCCUUGUGUGCUGUUGCCUAAGGAGGCGUUGUGGGCCCGGGAGCGUGAGUGUGAGCCAGUGUGAGUGUGUGUUCGGGAGCCCCAGGGAAGACCUAGACGGGGUGUGGCUGGGCAGGCUGUGAGCCCCUGGCCAAAAUGGGGUGUCGCCCGUGUGAAAGACAGUCUUGCCCGAUGCUGCCGCACAUGCCCAGCAGUGCUGGUGCUGAGAGGGAGGACACAGGCGCACCUGCCCAAGAGGCGCCCAUGGGGGCUUCACAGCUUGGGUGGGGCCGAGUGCACAGUGACUCCCUGAGUAUUGCAGUCUGGGUGCCAGAGCACCUUGCAGGUGACAGGAACUGGCUUUGGCUGACUCCAGGAGAGGAGAUGUUUAUGGGAAGGACCUGGGCCGUGAUGCUGCACCCCGCUUCUCCCCCCUUGCCCGCACGGCACCACUCACUUCUAGUUUGGAAUCCAGUGUGGAGCAUCGGUGACUCCAGGCUGCAGGCUGCAGCCAGCCGGCGGGGAAGCUGGGAGAGUGAGUGCUGGCCUUUCCAGCCCCACAGCAGGGGCGGGGCCGCUUUGUAAGCAGGUGGCUCUCCUGUAGCCUGGUCAUGCGGGCAUGUCCCUGAGAAGGGGAGGGACAUCUGUGCACUCUUCUGUGGGCUCUGUGGAGGACACACCGGGCAAGGGCCUGGCUUGGAGGCUUCUGGAAGCCAUGGGGAAGAUGCCCUUCCUAAGGAGGCAGGUGUGGGUACCACAGGACACACUCAGGCCCCAGGAACUUCCUUAGUGCCCCACUAAGGCCUCCUGUGCUCACAGGCGAGGCUUUUGAAAAGGACUGGACCACCAUGGGGUCUUGCAGCUGACUUGCUGUUAGAGGUGGACCCUGGCUGGAAGAGCCAGGCUGCUGGGAGUGUGACCUGGAGCCCCCCAGGCCCCCCCCUCCCACCCUGCUUCCUGGCCACUGUGCUUAGAGCAGCUCCCCUCCACCUGUACCUUCCAUCAGCGUACUCGUGCUUCAGCCUGCGGAACACAGACGGAAACCUCUGGAACAUCCGAGGUCACCAUGAUUUGAGCAGCCUUCCUCUGCCUGACCCUCCCACCAUGCUGCCCUGACUUGGAGUCAGCCAUUGUGGACUGAACCCCUGCAGACCAUGGGCCAAAAUAAACCCUCUAAGUUGCA